AUGCAUUCCAUCCAAGACUUCCCAAGUCUUGUCCAGCGUGCAGGAUACGAAAAGGAUCUGACGGCUGGUAUCGAGAACCUCGAUGUCCAGCACUACCUUGGCUACAUUUGGUGGAUCAUUGUCGUCGUCUUCACCCUCUACCAAGUCAUCCUCUACUUCGUUCGAUACAUCCGUACCGUCUCCACCCUAAACAACGACACACAGAGGUACUUUGCCAUUCCCAGCGUCGCCUACGCCAGAUUCAAGAAGCACUGUCUCGAUGCCCCGCUAUUCCGUACUCGUCACCAUCGCGAGUUCAAGCUUUCCGCUGCCAUUGGUGUCGGAACGCUUCCUAGCCGUCUGCAGAGUUUCUUCCUUUUUGGCUACUUUGGAGUGAACAUCGGCUUUUGCGUGUGGAGGAUCGACUACAGCAGCUUCUCAGCUGGUGCCAAUGAGCUCCUCAGCCGCUCAGGCGUCAUGGCCGUCAUGAACAUGAUCCCACUCUUUCUUCUCGCGGGUCGCAACAACCCCGUCAUCAAGCUUACGGGUAUCUCCUUCGAUACCAUGAACUUGAUUCAUCGGUGGUUUGGACGGAUCGUUAUCCUCGAGGCCAUUGCACACACCGUUUGCUAUUUUGCUAACAAGGUUCACACCAAGGGCUGGGGUGCUCUUCAAAAGUCAAUCAAUGGCAGUGAAUUCAUCAUGUCCGGUUUCAUUGGCACUGUUGCGUUCGUCUUCCUACUCCUCCAGUCACCAUCGCCAGUUCGACAUUCCUUCUACGAGGUUUUCUUGCACGGCCAUGUUGUUGGCGCUGCGCUUGCAGUGGGUGCUGUCUUUGUCCAUCUCAAGGAGCGCAAGCAGCAGUUGAUGCUGUACGGCGUCAUGGCCAUCUGGGCAACUGAGCGACUCCUUCGCUUUGCUCGCCUCGUCAUGCGCAACGUCGGAAAUGGCGGCACCAAGGCCGAUAUUGAAGUCCUUCCCGGCGAUGCCCUUCGCAUCACCGUCCGUAUGGCUCGUCCAUGGAGAUUCCGCCCAGGCCAGCACGCAUAUCUCUACAUGCCCUCUGUUGGACUGUGGACCAACCACCCCUUCUCCAUUGCUUGGAGCGAUGAGGAAGAGGACUUGAACGCCCAAAACAACAUGGCCGACGAUAAAGGGCUUCCGAUGAACCGCCAAGACAUUCUCGAGCAGCACAAAACCAGCAUGUCCUUCAUUGUACGACGACGGACAGGCUUCACAGACAAGCUUUUCAAAAAGGCAGACCUAUCUGCUGCCGGUAAAUUGUCCACCAGGGUAUUCGUCGAGGGUCCAUAUGGUGGCGAAGAUCUCAGCUCCUAUGGCACCGUCAUGCUCUGGGCUGCUGGUAUCGGUAUCACUCACCAGGUUCCUCACGUGCGUGACAUCGUUGCUGGCUACGCAAAUGGCACUGUCGCCACUCGCCGCCUCACCCUCGUCUGGAUCAUCCAAUCGCCAGAGCAUCUCGAGUGGAUCCGAACAUGGAUGACACAGAUUCUGGCCAUGCCCCGCCGUCGUGAGAUCCUGAAGAUUCUGCUCUUCGUCACGCGCCCCCGAAGCACCAAGGAGAUCCACUCCCCAUCAUCAAGCGUCCAGAUGUUCCCCGGACGGCCGAAUGUUCAGAGCCUCGUAGAUCAAGAGAUGCAAGAAGGCAUCGGUGCUGCUUGUGUCAGCACUUGCGGUACAGGCGGACUGGCUGAUGAGCUCCGGAGCGCCGUACGUAAGCGCGAGUCGCAGUGGAACGUUGAUUUCCGCGAGGAGUCCUUCUCGUGGUAA